AUGGUACACUUGAACAAAGAUUGGUUAGCUCACGACAGUCAUACAAAGUUGAUGAUGAAGCAGACUGGGCCAUGUGAGAUUCUGGAAAGGUACAGAGAAAAUGCCUACAAGAUCGCAUUGCCCCCGGAUGUGGCUAUUUUACUUAUAUUUAAUGUCUCGAAUCUCACAUUGUAUAAGGGUUCAAAUGAAGAAGUUGGUGUAGCAGAGACUACACUUGAACCAGAUGAUUGGAUUCAGAAGUUGCCUUCUAAGGAGAAGCCACAGAUGGAACGUAUCAUUAGCAAUAGAGAAGCAAUGAGGACAAGACACAAAGUACACAUGGAGCACUUGGUCAAGUGGAAGGGCCUUCCUGAUUCGGAGGCCACUUGGUUGCCGGAAAUGGAGAUUAUGAGGCAAGGCGGGGACCUUUAG